AUGGCUUUGUUUUGGCACUCGAAAUGGGAAUCUGACCUCCCAAUGAAAGCACUUUUCCCUGAUAUUUAUCAUAGAAGUUUGCAACAUAUGGCUACUAUGCAUGAAGAAGGUAGUGGCAGUGGCAGUGGGCAGUCCAUUGUAUGGAAUGUUACUUGCUUAUACAAUAGAUUACCUGCUGCUACCUUUGAUCAGUGUUUGGAAUUGCAAAGUGUCUUGGGGAAUUUUUUUAACUCAAGUUUUGAAGAGGAUGCUGCCAUAUGGGAGUUGGAAUCUGAUGGUGCCUUCUCGGUAAGGUUGUUGUUUGGAUUUUGGCGCAAAGUAAUGCUUAACAGGGGACAAUUUGUGAAAACGAGGUUUUCUAUGAAUCUCCCUUCAUCUGUUUGGCAUAUUGUGAAUCAAUUGAAAAUUUUAGAGUUCCAAGGGUUUGGGGGAAUUCUUUGGAAUAUUUUUCGUGGUUCAUUGUUAUGGGGAGUAUGGCUUAAAAGAAAUAGGAAGACCUUUGAAAGUGUGGCAGUGGAUUUGGCAACCUUAAAGAAUAAGAUCUUACUCUAUACAUGGAAUUGGUUUAGAAUUACUAAAAAAGGAUGCGGGACUUCAAGAAUGGAUGUAGAUGAGAAUCUUGAUCAACUAAUCUCAUUAAGAUUUAUUAAGGUGAGGCCAAGAAGCAGCUGGCAACCUCCUUUGAGUGGUUGCUUUAAAUUGAAUGUUGAUGGCUCUUUUAUAGGAAAUCCAAGUAGGGCUAGGGUGGGUGGAGUAUGCAGGGACACAAGUGGGAAUUUAGCUUUAUGUUUUGCAAGACCGUGUGGUGAUGCUACUGCGAACUAUAUUGAAAUGGCAGCGGUCCUACAAGGUAUCAAGCUAUGGAAGGAGAUGAGCUUGGGGGACUCGCUAUUUGUGGAAGGGGACUCUAAGAAUGCGAUGGACUGGUGUAACUGCUUAUCUAUUGCACCUUGGUGUAUAAGAUAUAUUUGGUUGCACAUUAAAGAAUUAUCUGCUGGCAGCAACAUUACUUUCAACCAUAUAUAUAUAGAGGCUAAUACUUUGGCAGAUGACCUUGUUAAGAAGGGGGCAUCCCUUCCCUCGUUAAGGCUUUCCCUUUCUUUGUUCUAA